UUAAUCGAUCACCUGCAUUCAAAUGCCCGACUCCAUCAUUGACUUAAUCCUCGUGCGCCGAUUCAGUUGCAAUCCAUUUCUGCGUAUGAUGGGAUUUUCCCAGGUUAGAGAUUAAUAAUGUCUCUCCUUUGUUUUCUGGGUUUGUAGUUGUGUUGGAGUUCUGAGAUUUAAGGGGCAUCUAUGCAGCAUCCUCUCUUGACCUGCAGAGGGAGUCCGUGAACUGUGGUUGUGGUACAAUAAACAGUAGAAGCUUUAGACAUGGGGCUUAAUGGAGUCCACAACAUCCGUAAAACUGUUUUCUCACUGUGGCUCGAGACACCAUGUUACGUUAAGUCGGAAGUUUCGAGCCGUUUCCUUGCAAAGUUUGUUCAUAUGUUCUCGAUGAAAAGAUUGAAAUGUAUUGAAGCCAUCGACAUUAACAAACAAAAACAAAUCAUGCAUGCAUUGUGGCUUUGGAAAAUGUUUUGAGUAAAGGAAGCAUUUGAAACCUCUUGUGUGCAGAGAGCAGCCCAUCUUGAGUCUAAAUCUAGUUGCAAGUUUCCACAAUGACUGCAAUUGUAUGUUCUUGUUCUUAUGAAGCCUUCCAAACUCCUAUGUUUGAGGUCAAAAAUGGUUUUGAGAAGCAAAAUAAAAAUUAAAUUAAAACAUUUUCAUGGUCAAGAUCAUUCAUAAUAAAUUCAAGGCAAGAGAUUAUGGUUGAAUACUUAAAAUUGGACAGUCAGUGGCAUGUUUUCAGUGAGGCUGUAACAGCAUAUGCUCAACAGGUGUAAUCUGCUUUAAUCUGAAGUCUUACUCUGCGACCAUGUUGGCACGUAGAUUUGGAAGAUAGGAAGUAAAUGAAAGCGAAAAACAGUCCCAUUGUUGCUCUUAUUAAUGGUUUUGUUUUUUUCUUAACAUCAAAUGAAGUUUAUUUAAAGACUUUUAUUGCGUGGGACAGAUUCGAUUUAGAUGAGAUUAUUGGAUUGAGGGUAGCAGAUUACAAACCCGCAAUUUCAUUACACUGGGAAGAGACGGUACUGGAGUCGGAGAUCCAGCUUUUUCAUGUAUCGGGAACAUUGGUAAUCAGGCGUUCACCAUGCUCACCAGCUUUGUGGAUGGAAUAUUCUGUUGCUUUACAGGGAAAUCUACUAAUGUGGUGGCCCCUAUUGAAUCAUCUGAGCCCACCGAUGGAUUCGAAUUUGUUGAGGUGAAACCAGGAAGGGUUCUGAGAGUUCGACAUAUUAUCCCAGACAGACCAGUGGUUGAGGAGCCAGGGACUGGGGAAGGGGGUACUGUGAGCUGCAAGCGCAAAAUCUCAGUGUACCGAAAUGGACAGCUUCUGAUUGAGAACGUCAACGAAGCCACCCAUCCAGAGCUGGUCCGCUAUCAGAACGGAGACGGCACUGUGGAUAUGGAAGUCUCCAACUGUGAGCCUCCUGCAGCAGGCCAGGCUACUGAGCCCACGCCAGGGUCAGCCCCAGGACAGGCUACCGAUACCAAACCUGCACCCCAGCAGGAUCUGCAGCAAGUGCAGCGCAGACGGCGCAAACCCAAGCGCUCGGUUGUGAUCGACUGCGAGCGGAAGAUCACGUGCUGCAAGGGUACUCACCCUGACGUGGCCUUGUUUUUCAUCCAUGGAGUCGGGGGAUCGCUGGAUAUCUGGGGAAGCCAACUGGACUAUUUCUCCCAACUUGGUUAUGAGGUCAUCGCCCCAGACUUGGUCGGCCAUGGUGCAAGUUCAGCCCCUCAGAUCCCUGCUGCCUAUACCUUUUACGCUCUGGCUGAGGACGUUAGAAUCAUCUUCAAGCGAUAUGCAAAGAGGCGGAAUAUUUUAGUUGGACACUCAUAUGGUGUCUCGUUUUGUACCUUCCUGGCUCACGAGUAUCCGGAACAAGUUCAUAAAGUUGUGAUGAUUAAUGGUGGAGGUCCAACAGCACUUGAGCCCAGUCUCUGCUCUGUCUUCAACUUGCCCACGUGUGUCCUUAAUUUCCUGUCCCCGUGCCUCACCUGGAGUUUCCUCAUGGCUGGAUUUGCCCAUCAGGGAACAAGAGAAAAGAAGCUACUAAAAGAGAACAAUGCCUUCAAUGUGUCUUCCUUCGUUCUGCGGUCCAUGAUGAGUGGUCAGUACUGGCCGGAGGGGGAUGAGGUCUACCACGCUGAAAUCACAGUGCCUGUUCUGCUGGUUCACGGCAUGUACGACAAGUUUGUACCAGUACAAGAGGACCAGCGCAUGGCAGAGAUACUCUUGCUGGGGUUCUUGAAGGUCAUUGAUGACGGAAGUCACAUGGUCAUGAUGGAGUGCCCUGAUAUAGUUAAUACUCUCUUACAUGAAUUUUUCCUGUGGCAGCCUGCAACUGCCUCGAAACCCAAACAGGAAGCAGCCCCCACAAAGACCACCACCAAACCUCCAGAGGACACAGCAAGACCAAAAACUGCCCCUAAGUCACCCUCCAAAUCUCAGCCAAACUUAACAAGACCAACAACUGCACCAAAAACCAUCUGCAGCAGGACAGAGGCCCCAGUGGACAUCAGAUCUAAGGGCAAGAAAUAGCUAAAGUUACGGUAUACAUUUAAAGGUGUUAAAUUUGCUCGGCUCUUCCAUGUGGGACAUAUUUAAUGGAACAAUUUGAAUGUAGGAUGUCCUUGGAUAUUUGCCAGUUGGUCUAUGUAUGACUUCAACAAACAGACUUGUGGAAACGCUCAGAGGGACGCGUGUCCCAGAGCAGAGUGGUUAACUAUUUCCAGCUUUUGAAUGAGAUGAGGUUUCUUAGAGGAUGCUUUAUUUUCUUUACAAUCGGAUAACACCAGCCUAUUCAAAUGGUUUGCAUUCUUAUGUCUACCAUGGGUCUAUGUAAUAGGACAAAAUGGUAUGUCAGCUCAAAAAUGUUACACACAAGUGAUCUCAGUAUUAAAUAUUCAAAAUUCACAAAAAUAGCAUUACUAUGGGUGCUUUGCUGUAAAUAGUUGGAUCUAUUUUGUGCAUUUAGUUUAAUAUCAGCUGAUGUCUA